AAAAGGCAGCGCCUCUCUGGCCCAGGCCAAUCAGCUUUCAGAUCAGAGGGUUUAACUCCUAUUUAAAAUGAAGACUUUGAAUCUUAACGGCUGAGCUCCAAGGAGCACUCGGCUGCCUCGGGUCGGAGGCGGGAGCCGACGAGUUCGUAGACCCUGGGACAGCUCUGUGAGACGGGUAUCAUGGACAGAUCUAAAGAGAAUUGCAUUGCGGGGCCUCUUAAGACCACGAUUGCACUCGGUGAUGGUCCAAAACGUGUUCCGGUGACUCAGCAAAUUCCUCCUCCAAAUCCGUUAUCUGCAAAUACUGGCCACGCCCAGCGGGUCUUGUGUCCUUCAAACUCCUCCCAGCGGAUUCCUCCACAAGCACAAAAGCUCGUCUCCAGCCAUAAACCGGUUCAGAAUCUGAAGCAGAAGCAAUUGCAGGCAACCAGUGUCCCUCGUCCUGUCUCUAAGCCACAGAAUAAUACCCAAAAGAAGGAGCAGCCAUCCUCAUCGGCCCCUGGAAGUAAUUCUGAAAAGGAACUGGCAACAAAACAGAAAAGUGAAGAAUCAAAAAAAAGGCAGUGGGCUUUGGAAGAUUUUGAAAUUGGUCGUCCCCUGGGUAAAGGAAAGUUUGGUAAUGUUUAUUUGGCGAGAGAAAAACAAAGCAAGUUUAUCCUGGCUCUUAAAGUAUUAUUUAAGGCUCAACUGGAGAAAGCAGGAGUUGAGCAUCAGCUGAGAAGAGAAGUAGAAAUACAGUCCCACCUCAGGCAUCCAAACAUCCUCAGACUGUAUGGCUAUUUUCAUGAUGCCACGAGAGUUUACCUAAUUCUAGAAUAUGCACCUCUCGGAGCUGUCUACAGAGAACUUCAGAAACUGUCGAAGUUUGAUGAGCAGAGAACUGCUACUUAUAUCACAGAGUUGGCAGAUGCCCUGUCUUACUGUCACUCAAAGAGAGUCAUUCAUAGAGACAUUAAGCCAGAGAACCUACUCCUUGGAUCGGCUGGAGAGCUUAAGAUCGCAGACUUCGGGUGGUCGGUACACGCCCCAUCCUCCAGGAGAACCACCCUCUGUGGCACCCUGGAUUACUUGCCCCCAGAGAUGAUCGAAGGCCGAAUGCAUGACGAGAAGGUAGAUCUCUGGAGCCUUGGGGUUCUCUGCUAUGAAUUUCUCGUUGGGAAGCCGCCUUUUGAGGCAAGCACGUACCAAGAGACCUACAAAAGAAUAUCACGGGUUGAAUUCACAUUCCCCGACUUUGUGCCGGAAGGAGCCAGGGACCUCAUUUCAAGACUGUUGAAACAUAAUCCCAGCCAAAGGCCGACUCUCAAAGAAGUACUAGAACAUCCCUGGAUCACAGCGAAUUCAUCAAAACCAUCAAGUAGCCAAAAAAGCAAAGAAUCAACUAGCAAACAAUCUUAAGAAUGGUGCACGGGGAGGAAUCUGAGAGGCAGCGCUGCUACCUGGUGUCAGCAAGGCCUCCCCGUGCCCAAGGGCACUGCCGACAAGGGCCUACUGAGCAGGCGCUGCCUCAGUCUCCCCACCCAAGAGUCCACUCCAGUGAACACUGCUCUGGAGCGAAAGGAGCCACAGGAAUUGUGACAACGUCCCUAGUUUCACAACCCGGAAGCGAGGUUCACCUGGAGCCCCUCCCCACAGCCUGGCUGGAGCAAGGCCUCCUUGUGGAGGGGGGACCGGCUCGGGGCCUGACUGCGGGGAGAGUGGCCACAUCACUGUGACUCCGUCAUUGACACAGGCGUGCAAUAACCUUCUGAGUCCCUUCGUGUGCGUGUAACUUAUUGGGUGGCCAAGCCUGGGAAAGCCGUCAGGAUGAACAUGUGAUUCUUUCUUUUAACGUUAAAAUAAAGAUUUUUGUGUCGACGUCUAUCUUCAUUUCCGUGGCAUCCCUUGAGGACUGCGCUCCGUUCCAACACGUCUGCCAGACACGAGCGGUGAAGACUGGUUAGCGGAGUUCUCGUCGCCCCUGAGACUUUGUGAUACAGAAACGUGUGCUCUGCCCUCAUCUUGGGGCUGGCUAGAGCAGACCUGUCUCAGCUGUUUCUAAAUGUUAAAGGGCUUACUUCAUGGUUCUGAGGUUUUAAUUUUUGUAAAGCACAUUAAGUCACCUAUAAAAUGAUUACACUUCA